CCGGCGGCCCGCAACUUAACAAAAGAGGAGGUAGCAUUGAUGUUCAUGCGUUUCGGUAUGCGUAUGCACAGCACGCAGGAGAAGCGCGCCGGCCGGCAUAUCUGCAUUUCAGACGAGAAAUUGCUUGCAAAACAUCACUCUGUGAUAACGUGAAAUGCCCUACGGUUCAAUGAAUUGUGUAUAUGAAUACGCUGCACAGUCCAGGGCUCCAAGUAGUGAUAUACCAAACUUUACGUAGAAGAAACAAAACCAAAAUCCUAUUGAGAUGAAAUGACGCACGCUGCGACAGAACACGAGAGAUGACUGUGGUGGAACGUUUUCUGUGUUGCCUCUGCCUGUCCCGCUUAACAGGGACACACUUAAGUACGUAAAUUACGCAGGCGCUCUCUCUUGCUCCUCUUUUAUCUUCUCAACAAUCUCACUAUCGCUACAGCUUCUACACCAUGCAACUAAAAAGUUAGUGCCAACUAAUAUUGAGUGCGACAAGCGCGAGCGCAAAUGAAGUGUUGUGAGUCCUCUCAAAGAUAUCGGCGGCGAACAUCAUGACGCCGUAGAACUAGAAGGAAGACGAAGGUGGAAAGACGCAGGCAAGAUUCUCCACAAAAAUCUCACAGCGACGUAUAUAUAAUGUGGCUGAAAUCGUCGGGAGUUGUCUUCUUGGUGUUUGGCUUCCGCUCGACGUCCGCCGAAAACUUCGUCCACCUGAUCGCUCCCGCGGACGUGCGCAAGGAUGGCGGGCUCAAAUUUCGAGCCAAUCUCCCGGUCCCGGACACGGUUGAGGAACUGAAACAAAAUUUCCGUGCGGCGCACCUGGAGCGCCACGGACCCCCAGGCUACGAUGAGUUUGACUUUUUCAGCACCCGCUUGGAGGAAGUGUUGCUCAGCGUGGACCAGCUGGAAGACGGCGACGAGCUCCGACUUUUUCGUAAACGCGGCACCCAAGCCCAACUCAGUCAAGCCCAGCAGGCUUCCGGGGCUGCCAGUGGCGGGACUGCAGGAGCAGUUGGUACUAGCGCGACGGGCGCUGGGGCGGCGAAGGGCAAUGUGCCGGCGGCGACACCGCAAGCUUCUAAAAAUGGGCGGAAAGAUGCGGGCUCAGACGUCGCAAACACGAAGAAAGACGCGCCAUCCAACAGUACAAGCUCCCCCACUUCUCUCUCCGCGCGGGUUCAAGCACCCAAUGCUCUAUCCGUGACGCUUCCCGACGCCUCUUCCCCGUUCUACGUGUCCGAACUGCUCUACAUGCUGACACGCCCGCAGCUUUCCGAUGCAGACCGAGAUUUGGUUCUUCGCAGCCUCCGCGACGCGCAGCUGUCUGAUUUUCAGCGAAAGCAGAUCCUUGAGGACUUCCCCGUUACAGACUCAGUGUGUCAAGAGAGUUCCGAUUCCUCUUUCCGGGAGUUUGCUACUGCGUACGUUCAUUUGAAUCCGAGUGCCCGGGGUAUCCUCCUGCUGGCUGACUGCGACCCCACAUUUCGCGAAUCGCUCGUACGUGCCCAGUUUGCCCGGCAGUGGGAGCAAUAUGGAAGUUUGCUGAGUGCUGGACAAGAUGCCUCGGAAGGUCAGCCUGACACAGAUCAAGGUGCGGACGCCGCGCAGUCGACCUUUUUCCCGGGCUACAUCGGACAGGGUGAAGCGAUGCGAAUGGUCAAGCCUCUUGUCUUGGAGCAGAUGCUCGGUCGGCGCAUCUCUGACGCGCCGCUGUCGUUUUUGUUUCUCGGCCCGUCUGGAGUGGGGAAAACCGAGCUGGCACGCAAGGUCGCAGAGAAAAUUCACUGUCCAACAGCAGUAGAAAGUGCAAGUGGAUCAUCGCACCAGCCACACCACCCCAAUUCAUCCCCCUGCAACAUCAAAUCUCUGACCCAGUCCGGGAAAUUCGUGGAGUUUAAGAUGGGUAACUACCGCAACGAGGAGCAGUUCACGAGCUGGAUCGGGGUCCCGGACGGCGUCAAGGGGUCGGACGGGAAGCUCAGCGAGGUGCUGAUGCAAAACCCAGACGCCGUGAUCUACCUGGAUGAAAUCGAAAAAGCCAUCUCCACCGCGGGGGACUUGCUUCUUGCGAUGCUGGACAACAAGGGGAGCGUCCAGGUGGCCAAGACCGGCCAGCACAUCAGCACGGUGAAGGCGACUUUCAUCUUGAGCAGCAAUUUGGCGACGAACGACAUUUUGCAGGUCUGGUCUUACUACCCGCGCCUGCCCUACGAGCAGAAAUACGCAAAAAUAUUGGAGAAGAUCGACCCGGCGCUGGCGCAAAGCAAGAUGUUCGCUCGUCCCGAGGUGCGCAACCGGAUCGCCGCGAUCGUGCCGUUUACGCCCUUUCUGCACAACGAGGUGCGACAGGUGAUCUUACUGGAGCUGCAAAAGUUGCGGAAAUCCUACAAAAGAUCCGCGGGGUGGGGCCGUCCCAACAUCGUGUGGACGGAGGAAGUCGUGGAGCUGUUUGCCGAUCCGGUUCGUAACGUGCACUUCGAAAACGCGGUCUCCAAGGGAAAUUUGCGCGAGCUGAUCCGGUUUCUCGAGCAGUCUGUCAACCGGGCACUGAACACGGCGAAGGACUGCGAAAAUCCGAAGUGCGACCUGUUGCAGACCGGACCGACAAUUUGUCGUCCGAAAGCGUCCGAUCUCUUCUCCGGCGCGAGCGACAACUAUGUUCUCGAUGUCGACCCGCGGACGAAAACGCAGAUCGUUGCGAACUCGGUCCCGGUGACCAUUCGGGAGGCCUUUGUGUUCUGCGAGCUUUCCCCCCCGGAGCCGACCUUGUCUGAGGCGUUCUUCGGCGCAGCAGGGCCUGACGCGCCAUCACUACUGGAGAAUCCGUCGAAGUGGUUUUCCAAUUUGUUUUACGACGCCCCGCAAAAGCGUCCGGCUAUCAUGCGACCAGGUAAGCAACCGCUGGGCUCAGCGAGUAGUUCAUCCGCGUAUCAUGAUCACAGAGCUGCGCGUCAACCACAAAGAGUUUCAACAUCGAGCUCUUCGCCUUCAUCUGCGAGUUCUUCCGCAAGCGGGUCCUCUUCUGCAGCGACGUCCAGCAGGUACGAAACGGAGAUGGAUUACGCCUAUGACCGGCUGUGGACCUUUCUCUUCGAGUACCAGAAAUCUUUUUCGAUUGCCGUUGCCUGGAUUUUUUUCUUCAGCAUCGGCUUUUGGUCUGCGGCCAUCGCGUUUGCGGUGUUGAACUACGGAAUUCUGCCACUAUCCUACCUCGCGUACACGACCUGGCGGUCGCUGCCGCCCUCCGUGCAGCACGUGGUCAUGGCCGGCGGGCGGGUCAUCGGGCAGAUUGGCAAGCAGGCUGUCCGCCGAUUCGACAUCAGCUUCAUGCUUUUGCUGUUCCUCGAGUACCGAUUCGGGCUGUGCCGCAAAGUUUUCUUCCAGCUGGUGCUACCCGUGCUGCGCAUCAUGUUCCGGAAUUUCAGGACCCACCUGAAAAAUUUGCGCUCCACGGGGGCGGACGCGCUUGCAAUAAUCAACGACGGCGGGGAAGUAGGAGGUGGGAUGAAAAGAAGAACUGAAGAUAACACCACCGGUAUUGAGCUUGGCACGCUGCAGCGGAGGAGAACUAGAGGCUUGACUGCGCAAGGAGAGGCACCGUAUUCAUCCGCCGACGAUGCCAAAACACUUGCAGAUGCUAUAUUCGCGGCCGCCGGAACGCCAAGAAACGAUGCCUCUCUUACUUUCACGCGCGAGAGCCUCGCCGAUGCGAUUAGGGCAGCAGCUUCAUCGCGAGAAACAAAGACGACCGAUGGUAUGGGUGCUAACUUUAGUUCAGGCCUUUUAGCAGGGAGGAACGCGGCAGCGCUUUCCGCAGACAAUGCGGAUGCUGCCAUGUAUUCGCACCUGAUUGAUUCUGAGCAGGAUGCUGUGCUACUCCGAGAACUGCUGCACACCAUUCGUCGCGUUUGCAAGGAAGAAAACGACCAAUAUGGAGCACGCGGUACUACUAUCUCAGGCACAGCUGGCAGCUCUACUGCUGCCGCCGCGACCGUACUAUCCAAGUCGCCAGUCGCUCCAGAUGACAUCAAAUCGACAGCGGCAGCCAGCAGUGAGGCUGGGACAACUAACGGUAAGUCACAAGCAGCGUCGAGCAAAAGCUCCGCUGGUAGUCGCAGUCCUCCGGGGAGGAAAGUUAGCCCGUCACAAUUCGUACAUAGCGUCGAGGACAAUAAACACGGAACUGGUGCUGCUGCUGCGUCGCGUAGGAAUGAAAAUGUUAGCCAUGAGGAUGCAAACGCCGAAGAUUCGCAGACAGAAGGAGGCGAGUCACCCGACAUUAGAAAAAGACGAUGACACAGUUGUAUUCAUUGGAAGAUGAUGAACUCGUGCGUGACCACGCAUAAUAUUUGACCGCAUUGAAUAGAUGUACCUGCCACUGCGCAUUCCAUGAAUUUCUAGAGACAAUCGAAAAGCGACAACAUUCAACAUCAGACUAACAACAAGCUGGCUUCGUGUUCUAGUACCGUCCUUACUUGCCAUUCUUGGCGAAGACAUGAUCUCAUAAACCUAUGCAUACACUGUACACCCACGAUGGCAGAAUGACAACUUCAUCUCUAGCUCUAAUGCUACUGCAUGGUUGGAAUCGGAUAAGAUAAGAAUAUAAACGGUAGAACAAGUUACAAGAAGAUGAAGAACUGCGUUUAGGUUGUUACUACUACAUAAGAAAAG